AUGGCUCCGAAUGUGUUCCAUAUUGGGGUCACGGAACAAGUGUCCAUUGCGGUAUUUGAUGCCGGGAACCCUGUGAAUGUAAAGCUGUAUCUGCAGGACUACCCACACAGACGAAAGACAUUUUCCCAAGUACAGGGACGUGUAGGUCAAGGUAAUAAAUACUAAUAAGUUGUAUAUCAUGUUUGAGCUGUUAUCUAAUAAGCGAGAGGGACUGAUUAGGGACUUUUAGAUGCCACGAUGGUGACGACUACUAGAACUGGGUGAAUAAGCAAAACAUCAACUCUGCACGUGCAUCAUGCUUCUUUGUACAUUUCUUAACCGUCACUGUGCGACUACGACGGGGAAAUGCCUAUUCACGUUUUAUGGACGACGUAAACAAGCCACGGCUAAAUUUUCUUUCUCUUUCUGAACUUGAAUAUGGCUCUUAGGAAUUCGGCUAAAAAAGAGUUCGCAUGCCGACAAAGUAAACGAGUUCGAGAAAUCACGAUAGAGAUUGAAAGAACGCAAAUUCACUUUUUAAGCGACGUUUCCGCGGCCGUCGCCGUCGCCGUCACCUUCGUGGUAUCUUAAACUCCCUAUUAAUUAAGUGGAAAACAGUCGCGGCCAGCGAGCGAAGUAUCGCUACUAUAAAGGGGGCUGAGUUACGAAAGUUUAUCAAAUUUACAUCAAUAGGUUAUGUAUUGGUGACACAUUUCAGGGGCGGAUCUAGGGGGAGGGUGCAGAGGGUGCGCACCCCCACCCCCCUGAGAUGACCCGCGGUUUUCUAAUACAACUGGUAUUCUGCACAUAAAAAAAAACUAUGUGGUUUAUUGGUGUUGAAGUAGAGCAAGAGACGAGUGCACCCCCUCCUAAAAAAAAUCCCGGAUCCGCCCCUGCAUUUUUUUCCAAGUCUACUAUAUCCAUGAUGGAAUCGAAAUUUUUUAAAAAAAUUAGGUUUUUUGGUAGGGACGAAAAAAAGUGGUUACCUAGGAAAGUAGUCUUUAGGAGAAGGUCCGAGAACAGGCGACAACAAAUUCAACUCAGUUCGUGAGUAUGAAAGAAUGAAACAAGAAUCGAACCCAAGGUAGCUAGAAGUGAGGCCAGAUUUCUAACGCCUUCCUAAGAUGAUAAAGAUAUAUCUAAACUAUUAUGUGAUUAUUUUUGUAUAUCUUAGCUUCAGAGGUCCAAAAAUGGGCCGCAAUGUCCUGGGGCAAUCUAAAACUUAGGUCACGUUACCAUAAUUGUAUCAUAUUUUUCCUUAUUAAAUCUAAUGCUUAAAGGACUUAUUUUGUUCUUUGUUUUUGUUUCGGGUUUUGUUUUUAUUUCUUAGGGAGCAACAUCUUUCUUCCAGUAAAGGUAAAUACUGAGGCACGGUCAUGAUCAUUAGCUAUUAUUUGAACUUAACCAAGAUGAUGGUUGAGGCAGAAUUAAUUAAAAAUUAAUGAAUGAGGCUGAGUGUCUUAUGAAGAAUUAUGGAGAUCUCGGAGGGUGUUAUCCGUCGAGGCCGCAUAACCCCCUCCGAGAUCUCCAUAAUUCUUCAUAUGAUACGAAGGCCGAAUUCAAUAACUGUUUUAUUAUUCAUUCAAAAUAAUUCCUAGUUGAAAAACAUAGCUGAAACAAGCUUACCUAUACAUCGAUGUUAAGUUUAUCUUCGAUAGUUUACGUUUAGGUUUGUCCAGCUCCGCAAAUAUUCUCCAAAUAGCAGAUGUCGCCCUCCGAGUUGUCUUCUUGCUGUUUUUGCUAUGUUUUGGCCAUUAUUUCGCUUAGUUCCAGCUGUAGUUCUUACUCUUGAAACGAGUGAAGUGUCCGCCAUUUAAGUUUUUACAACGAAAACACCCCAGGUCUUCUUGGUUAACGGUGCAUUAACUUGUACAAGGCUGCAUUUUUGACGUAAUUUCCCCGUUAAAGAUAAAAUUCAUCUAAAUUUGGUCAUCAGUAACUGGUAAUGGUGAAUUAUGCGCGUGCUUUUAGCCAAUCAGAAUUGGGGAAAUGUUUUGAAUGAAUAAUAAUGUGAUUUACUUUCCCCUGUCCUAGUGACUACUUACAAAAGAACGCUGAAACCUUGCUAUAUAUACUUAAAGUAACCAGAAAGCAACGGAUCAUUGAGAAUUAAAUUGUAUCCUGCUUUUUGAGCACUCUCGACCUAUCACUAUACUAGUAAAAAUGAAUUAAAUAAUUUAAAUAAGUUUACAUACAAAAUCUUUUAUUUCAGUGGCCCCGGCCGAGGAGCCUUUGGCUUGUAAGCUAUUACGCAAAGACACUAUCCCCAUUUCAUCUUUCCAAGAGUCUUGAAAGACAAAACUGAUAUUUUCUGUACAUUUUGUAAUUUUUGAAUUUUUAGUGUCAUCCGAACAUAUUCGUGUAACCAGAAUCAAUGUCCACAUUUUCUGUAUGGCUGAAUCCGCGACGGGCAAGAUGAAGCGAAUCCUACUUUCUGAUUGGCUACCUGAGCAAGAAGGGCCCAUCUUACCCUCUCAGAAAUUCCCGCAUUGGCCUUGCAAUAAAAAGUUCUCUUUUUUGGCUAUGUAAUAUAUCCUUUAUUAACCAAUCGCAAGCUUGUUAGGCCAAGAUGGCUGGAUAUUAGCCUCAUUCUUUUCUGCGUUUUUAUAGACCGCGACUUCGUCUAUGCCCAUAAAAACGCCGCAAAAAAGAACAAGGCCAAUAUCCAGCCAUCUUGAACUCACGCUUGAUCAGUAACGCUUAUUUAUUAUACAUUGGACUCAUUAGCGCUCUUCUCAUUGGCUAAGAGCCUACAGCUAUGCCAAAAAAAUUUUUGAAAUCAGCGCAACCUACGGAUUAGUUAGUUAUCUGCUAGCAGAUGACUGACUAAUCUGUAGGUUGCACUCGCAAUGCAUGAUUUCCAAUGGCAAUCAAUUCAGGUUCUUUGCGACGGUAUGUUUGUCGUUAUUUUCUUCAAAACGAUGCAUAAUAAAAGAAUUAUUAGAUUCGUUUUUUGUGAUAUCCUGAAUAAUCAAGGUCCCCGGCUCGGCUGAUAACACUUACAGAGGCCUUGAUUAUUCUGGAUAUCACAAAAACCGCAUCCAAAAGUAAUUGUUUAAUAUCACCUGACAUCACUGAUCUGCCGUUGACAGACUAUUGAUAUUAUAUCUCAUAUUUUUCCAGGUUGAACCACAGGAUCUGCCGGACAUCAACUCAGUGAACAAACAAUACGUUUAUCUAGUGGCCAAGUCAGAUGAUGGCCAUUUCCAGUUUCACAAGGAAGCCAAGAUCCUUCUUAGCUACAGAGACAGGAUGGUGUUCAUAGAAACGGACAAACCAGUCUACACUCCCCGACAAAGAGGUAAGAAACUCAGACUUACGUUCGGUAAAAGUCAUCAGAAUUCACCAGCAUAGAAACAAGCAUAAUCACAGCCAUCACACAAUUUGAUGAAACCGAUUAUUUAAACAAGAAUAUACAUAAUCAGCAAAGACCUCAAAAGAAGAGGGAUAGUAGAAAAGAAUGAAAAACGACAAAAAUGAAAGAACAAGAAAGGCAAGACAGGAAAAAUCGACAAGAAGUAAAAAAAGUAUAAGAUCCGGAAUACUUUUGAUAGCAGUUAAGACAAAGCCUGUGAAUUUAACAAACUGGAUCCUAGUCACUUAAGUUGUAAGUUUUUGUUACUUCUCUUUUGGACCUGACCGUGCACAACGUUCAAAAGCAUUCCUAUCAUUUUGAAGUUACUGACCAAUAGAAACAUCGCAUUGAUUUAUUCAGUCACAAUUUGUUAACGAAAAACAAAGGUCAGGAUUGUGCACGGUCAGGGAGCUUCCAACAUAAACUUAACAGCACCUUGUAUAAACCUUGAUGUUUGCCGGCUUUCAUAAACCAGCCUCCUCUGCUGACUAUGCCUGGAUUGGUCUUUUCUUCUUUUCUUUGCAGUGAAAAUCCGAGUAUUUCCGCUAGAGUUUGAUAUGAGGCCUUCUACCAAAAAAGUGAGUCGAAUUUGCUGUUAAUUCACGAUUUUUUUUUUUUUUACUCUGACAAACUCGAGUUCUAACGAUUUGUUUUUGUUUGUUUGUUUGUUUGUUUUUUUCAAAACAGAUAACCGUUAUGGUUCUGGUAAGUCUCGUCUCUUUUUGUUCCUGCUUAUAGGAACUGAGCCUGAUCCCGGUCAGCAGGAAUGGAUGCCUUACCAUGUUGGCCGGGCUCUGUCUUGCCUAAUAAAAUUUUCUAUGUAUUUAUAAGAGAAGGUGGCCUGAUGUACUUUCCGAGAUUUCGGUAGCUUUCACCAGAUAUUCAUGUAAUCAUCAAGACGAUAAGAUUUUUGGAAGUUUCUAAUGUUUCCUUUUGACAUAAUACCGUAAACUGCUGCUUUAAGUUUUCUCCCACCUCCCUAGUAAUAGGCCCAUCUACUUGUAAACAAAAAAGGCACACAUCCGAUUAUAACCCUGCCGGAUAUUAGCCUUCCCCCAACCCCUCCAAAUGUAUCAAAAUAAAUUCGAUUAGUCCUUCGUUGUAUUGUGACGUUUUAAAGCUUAAUUUUUUGAAAACCAGUAAAUACAAACAUAAUUAUUAUGAUCAGCAUUACUAGAGCUUGUUUCGAAGCACUCUUCCUUUCCCGGUUAUAAACCCCCUUGGAUAAUAGCCCCACCCUUUACAAACCCUUCUAAAACCCCUUACGAAGAUGUAUAAGCCCAGGGCUUAUAAUCAGCAGUUUACGGCAUGUGGUUAAGACGUCUUUACACUAUUAAAAUUCUGACAUGACCUAGGCCAAAGUUUUCUUCUGUGUACCGCCAUGCCACUCUAACUACAGUAACUACUACUUACUAAAAUGUUAGUAUUCAUUCAAAAUAUUUUUCCGUUUGUGAUUUACUCAAAUCCUACGGAUAAUUCAUCAUAACCGGCUUCGGAGGAAAUUUGUUAUAAUUGCAAAAUGACGUCAAUGCUAUACAGCAUAAUUACCAGAAAACUGGACGGUUAACCCAGAAGACCUGGCGACGAGGUUGAGUUGUUAUGGUAGGGAGUACAAAAUGGCGGAAUAUUGCACUCGUUUCGCGAGGAAGAAAUAGGGAAACUACUGGCUAAAAACAUAGCCAGAACAGCAAGAAUACAACUCGAUGGACGUCAUCUAUUAUUUGGAGAAUAUCUGCAGAACUAAACAUCCCUUUAUCUCCUAAACUUGUCGAUAAACAGGCUUUAACAUGAACUUAACAUUGAUGGAGGUAAGCAUAUCUUGUUUAUAAACUAGGAAUUAUUUUGAAGGGUGUUAUCCGCCUCGACCUGAUAAAACCCUCCUAGAUUUCCAUAAUUCUUCAGAUGAUACUUAGCCUCAUCCAAUAAUUGUUAAAUGUUUCAGUAUUCGUUUUCGUUACGUUUGUUUUUCUUUCCUUUCAGAAUCCACAGGGAAUUAGAGUACAGCAGUGGAAGGACCUGGACACUGGUACAGGUAUGUUUCAGUUCUUCUUAAGUUGACUUAAGCAUUAAUUUGAUUUCAUUAUAUAUCUGUUCCAUUUUUCCAUAAGGAAUCAUAACGAGAAGGCUGGAUCUGAAUGAUUUGGGUCUCAUGGGUACCUGGACUAUAACAGCCGUAUAUGGCCAUCAGGUAUUUGCAAUGUAUUUCUACCUUUGAGCACUUAAGGUGAUUCCCUAGUAAAAGAACCUAACAUAGAUUGUAGAUGAAACUUGGUACACUGAUGUAACAAGUCUAGAAGAUGAUAAAAAAGUAAUAAAAAGAGGGGGUCACCGUGCUCGUUUUGACGUCGCAAUGCUGAGAAAUACGGCUAUUUUGGACCCUUUGUCAAAAACCGCGCGCAGCCCAAAACUAGACAAAAACGAGAGAUUUUUUCGAUGAUGCAUGUGGUAUCGCACAGAAUUUGACUUUAUUGUAUUGUUUAUCCACUUAAAUACCUUUUAAUGCUCCUGUUUUUAUUUUACGCUCCAAAGUAGAAUUGAAUUGGACACGCGCUAUUCGACCCGUGAUAGCUCAAUCCGUACAAUUUAGUAAAAUUGCCAAAAAACUGAACAUAGAUUUGGGCCAAUUUUUUUCUCAUCGAAAGAAAGCACUGUCCUUAUUAAAAUCAUGAAAUAAAAGAUGGGGGACCGGGUCACCGUACUCGUUUUUGCGGUAGAGCUGCAGAAAAGUGCGCACCAAAUGCAUUUUCUCCGAGUUUUGAGAGAGGACUGGGACGAGUUUCAAAAUAGAAUGUAUGUGAAAGAGGGAAGAAAGUAUACAGAAUUUACAUCGAGAUAUCACAUUUAGGAUACAAUAAGAUAAAGAAAGCGUUUAAAUAAAAAUCAAAGUGAGUAAGCACAAGUUAAACAUCCACUAUCGAGGUUCUCUGUGAGGAAGUCGAACUCAGCAACACGCGUACUGCCUACGUUAUGCACAUUCCCAACACAUUGAGUCUCACCUCGGCAAGAAACAACCGCAAGCAAAAAUUCCAAUAGCGUUUCUCUUCAUUCAACUUCAUUUUAAUAAUGUUACUUCACAUGCUCUGUUUUACGGCGGCCAUCUUGUUAUGCGCAGUAAGAGAUGCGCAGUGCAAAACCAGGGAAUCACCUUAAUUACACAGGUAACAGACAGCUCUUUCUAAGACGGACUCUGUUGGGACCGGCACAGAGCGUGAUUGUCUUUAAGGGAGAAAUCUGCCAAUAGACCGUUUUCACAUGAUGUCAUGAUGGCCACCAUAUUUAGAGGGAGCCUAAGCAGCCAUGACGACGACGCCUAUUUCCCUUUCGUAAAUGGUAUUUGCCAUUUUUAACGGUCGAUGCCACCAUUAGUAACCAGGCCUUAAAUCAUGAUAGAUGGAUUAAGUUACAAUAAGGCAAAUUGCUGGUUUCCAGUGUCACGCGGCAUUCGAAAUAGAUCAAAAUAAAAUCAAAACCGUUCGAUAGAUAAAGUCCAGAAUCUAAGAAAUAAAAGAAGGUACAUAUACAAAGACCCUCGCCAAGAUUCAGGUCAGAGAAAUAUUUCGUAUACCAGAUAUCCGAAGAAAUGUUUUACCCAAACUUAUAGAGAUUUGUAUGGAGACGCCAUGCUGGUGCUCACCUGGAUGAGCUCCAACAUGACGGACGGAAACCAACAGAAAUAUCUGUUACCGAGUUUUGCUACAAAAGCGUGAAUUUUUUGUUCGAGAAACUCAUAAAUAUUAAAGUAAUACUUUUUCUAAUACAUGAACUAUUUAGUUAGCAAAAAUUUCCUGAAAUAAGUCAUUUUUUUAACCUACAUGACAGCUCUCUUGCCCGUCAUGUAAAGACCGCGUCACGCAAAAGAUUAGAAAUUCAAGCGUACUCUAUCACAAAACCAAAAACUCUUUUAAAGCCAAAAUUUGUACGAAAAUUAGUUUUCAGCUGCUCUAAUGCAUCGUGAAUGUAAAAUCUAGGUAGGAUCAAUAGUUUUUUAGUUUGAAUUUUUGUCACGUCAUGUGAAAACCAACAAUAGUACGUUUUUGGAUACGGUUAGAAAGAACGACUUUGAAGCCCAAAAAAGCGCUAGGGUCACUUGUUAUAGAUGUAACAGUUAAGAAAGACAGUUUGCAAGUGUACUUACUUAAAAUUUAAGAAUUUUGGAUUGUCGGUGUGGUAGAGAGAUUAGGGUACGAAAGAUCCCGGUUCGAGGUCCGGGUUUGACACUGGGUUGCGAUUUUCUUUCUUUACUAGGAACACUCUCAAUAACAAUUCCAAAAUUUUCUAAUUGUCUUAAAAAUGGCGGCGACCGAUCACGAAAGGGCCAACUGUGAUGACGACAGUAACGAGACCUUCUGUUUCUGUUACGUCUUUUUCUUACAAUAUUAUGAUUUCUGUAUUGAAGGAUAUUCACAAUUCCUCUGUGCAGUUCGAAGUGAAGGAGUACGGUAAGAUAACUUUCUUCCAAUUUUUGUUCAUUUUUAUUGCAGUUAUCUGUAAAUUUAAGCUGUUCAAAUUUCAUUUCUUUCAGUUCUUCCCAAGUUCUCGGUGAAAUUGAAUGUGCCACCUUACAUCCUCAAAACGGAUACCCAGAUAGGAAUAAACAUAACAGCAAGGUAGAAUUGGCGCGUCAUGAAAUACCAAUGUCUGAGUACAUGAUUCUGGUAGUUUUGUGUUUUUAGUUCUCUUGCCUAAUCUUGCAAAAUUCCGUUUAAUUUUCAUCUAAGUCAAGGAAAAUUGUAAUUUGUGAUGUUUUUCAUUGAAACAGAACUCGAUUGUCAGGGGCACCCAACGACCGAAUGUUACCAAAUAUGCCUGAAGUGUCUGGUUGAUUUGGGGCUGCUCUAAAAACUGUUUAUCUGCUUGGAUGUCUUAGGAGAAUUUGAGUCGUCUCGAAGUUUGUACGUGGCUUUUUCGUAACCGUUAGCUAUCCUGAUGGGUCCGGUCGAAAGUUCGAGGUCAUGGAGUAGCCGUACUUUCAUUAGAAGAUUUUUUAUCAGAACAUAACGGUGCUUGUAUCUCCCCACCAGUUUGCACUAACAGCCUGCUUUAUGGCAAAGGGGCUUUUUUCAUCUAUUGUUUUCUGAAUAUGUCAACCAACUGCAAUCUUGUAAUUUCAAAAAAUUGUGAGGUCCACUCCUCUUCACUGUGAGCUACUAUUGUUUUCUUUGUUACUUUGUCGUUUUGAUGUGUCCAUACGUAUGUUUUCUAAAUCAUUCAAGCCUCAAUCAUCAUCCAUGAACUACAUAUCAUUUCUCUAACACCGGCUUGUUUUUUUAAAGGCACGUUUAUGGAAAGCCCGUUAUCGGCACUGCAGUUGUGUACUUGAGCAUGGUCGGACGAAAUGGAAAGAACGUGCCUUUCGCUAAACAUGCAAUCUUGGUAAGUCAAUAUUUUUAGGACGAGGUUUACCUUCAAGAAACCGACAAAUCAUGAAAAUCAGCUUCUCAAUGGUGGUCUUAUCAUUCAACAAGUUUGGUUGCUUUGUUUAGUAGAAUUUUAUUUAUUCUUGGCGUAAAUGAAAUUGUCACGGGUUGUUCAAAUUGUUAAAAUUACACAAUUUACAAUGCAUUUUCGUCACUAAGCAAUGCUUGACUUAUUCUGAAAGUACUUGCAAAGCACACAAGAACUUCACGCGCUCAUUCAGAGAUGCAAGUAGUAUAGCAGAAACCGUUUAGGCGAUUUUUUAUGUGGUGAAACCCUAUUAACUUGCGGUGGAACAAUAUUAACGUCGAUAAGUUCAUAGCCAUCCUUUACAAGCUCCACAUUUCUAUUGUCAUUCCACCACCACCACCACCACAUUUCUUUUUUUUUCCUGCACCACCACAACCUUCAUCACAGACGCCAAAUAUUUUUCUUGGUUCCGGGUCACUGAUUCUUGGCGCGCAAAUUAUGCAUAGGACGUUGGGUGGGUGCAAGCAAACCAAUACUUAACUUAACACCUGCAAAUUUUAACUGAAAUGUCUAUAUGUCGACCUUUACCAAGAACUAAUAAUGGAACUUUAUUAUCUUUUUUCUUGUCUCCCGAGCGGUGGCAGUGGAAUAUCUCUAACACUUUGUACACUUGUUUACAGUUGACCGCCAACAUAGGGAACAAACUGCGGUACCAGAAUAGGCAGCACACCGGUUCAAGGCCAAUCAAAAAAUGAGAAAAAAACUAAUGAUCAUUUCAAUGGGACUUCACUGCAGUGUUCUUUUAUUUCAUUAGUAUACAGUGAAUAUUGUCACUUGAGUGUAACAAAGUCAAAGGUUUUCUUGUUCCCUUCGGUGAUCAGUUGUUAAAAAGCCUGAAUUUAAUUCUACCCUGUGUCCGGCCUUUCUGUAUGUUCCCCUUAUUUUCCUAGCCUAGGACAGCGUUUACCCUCAGAAUAUGAAGCGGAAGGUCUUGAUCCUUUUAUGAAUUACAUCUGUUCAUCUUCAUUUUCUUGUAUUUUUAUUUCGUCACCCUUCAUUAAUAAAAUGAAGAGAGUAUUUUUGAACUUUUAGCUAACCUUUGUUAAGACUGUUCCGCAUCGUUCUCUUCUCGCUUAUGGCGCCUCGGAAUUUGGAGAAUCUGUACAUUUCCCCCUUUGGAUGAUAAAGAGGGCUCCAGAGCUCUCCUUUCAGUGAAAUAUUUGCACUUUCAGUAAAUUACGCCUUUCCCCAUUGCACCAAAGAAUAAAGGAUUGAUAAGGGAAGAGAAACAGUCAUAUGUUAAAAUAUUCUGAUAUUCUUUUUUAUUAUCAUAACUUAUUAAAUGUAGCUCGAUAAGAGUGGUGUAACGACCCUGACAGAGCAACUUCAGAGCAUCCGGGACCUUCCAGGGAAUUUGUGGUUUCCAGACAACAGCCGACUUCAAGUUCAGGCUGACGUCAUCGCGAGGGCGACGGGCAAUAAAGAAACUGCAGUGGAUAAAUCAUGCCAGUUUAUAUCAAGCCCUUACCUUAUUAAGUUUAAGAACACGGGGAAAUAUUUUAAACCAGGACUUCCUUUUGCAGCGAAGGUAUGAUCGAGCUGCCAAAAUAAACUAGUAACGAAUUUGAAAUUCAAAAACAAACCAAAAAAAUGAUAAAGGAAUUUGGCACUGAUUUUAAAGAAAUCUGUUAAGUUAGCUGCCAAAACGCUUGAAGUGUUCUAUGCAUAUAAAAGUGGCAUAGAAAAGGCAGCCUUUAAUCCAGAACAUUUUCCUAGACAAAGGAAUCUAAAGAACUUUGGCCAAAAAGUUGCAUUGCAGUAACUGAACUUUUGACUGAGUAUUUUACUUCUGAAAUCAGCCCCAAGAGGUCUUGGAGAUAUCCAACAGCUAACUUCUGACAAACUCUGUAGGCGUUAGCAGCUAUCGUAAAUGAUCUAAUGGACGCCCAGGGCGUAUUCUAGGGGAACCAAGAAGGGGUCGUUUUAAAGACAGGAGGAUUUUGUUCUAAUAACUGAUAUUAUCGACCAAAAUAUCUUCACAUUUCACAAAUUUUGACUUUCCAGUCCAUCCAUUGAUACGUCUAGGCCGUUUAGAGAUCCACAUCGUGUUUUUGUAAAGCUCAACUCUGAUGUCACAAUCCCGCUUACUUUGAACUUGACUUUGAACAUGAUGCAAUGUGCAGACUCUUGUUAAUCAAACAAGAAACUGAAUAAAUUCCGAUAGGGGCAGAAUAAAAAAUAAAUAUUUUAUUUGAAUGAUUAAUUGUUAACAAACCCCAGACCAACCUCCAUUCAGGGGACACCUCUGUUUAGGGGGCACUUUUCUUGGUCCCAAGGGUGUCCUCUGAAGAGAGGUUCCACUGUAGCUUUAAAUAAUUUUUCUUAAGCAGUAAGCAAUUUUGUGACUUUUUUUUUAAGGUUGUCGUAACCUACCCUGAUAAACAACCAGCCAAGAAUGUACCUUUGUUGAUAUCGGCUCAUGGAAGGAAAGGAUUUGUUAGGAUACAGCUCAGGACAAUUAACAGAUACGCAAGAGGGUUUACGGAUGAACAUGGGGAAGUCGAAUUUAUUAUAGAUGCCUGUUCAAACUGCGACUCUAUUUCUAUUCAGGUAGAAAAAUACUGUUCGUCGUGAAGCCGGAUUGGGCACUUGUUGAUAUUGUGUCAUAAUCCUUGUCACCUGGAUAUUUUCGGCGUUUAGAAUAUAAUAUUAGUUGCAUUCAACGUUAGGUGAACACAACUCCUUAUCUAGGGCAUUCUGUGGUUUUUUGGGUGUCCCGCGGUGAUAGGUGGUGACCUUUAAUAAGUAGCUAAAAGUGUGCACGUUUUUCGUCCUUCGUCUGCGUUUUCACUGUCAUCUUGAAUUGCAGCUCAAAAAGCUCACAAACAGCAAGCUUAUCUUCUUUUUUUUCGAAACAGAAGUUUAACCAUUACACCCAAGAUAUCGAUAUUGCACAAGUACAGAUUCUUGACCGAGGGAUAAUCAAACCGGUGUGAGCAACAAAUAAAAACAGAGUUUUGCACCAGUGUUUAUUGACGUUUGACAACUUUCCGGUAUUCUUGUCGGUGCAAGAACUAUCCGUUAUAGUAUGAACACAGUAUUAUAUUUCUUGUAAUAGUAAUUACGUUUUUCAUAUUAUUUUAUUUAUAGGUGAAAACCGAUAAUGUCAAACUGGGAGUUUCUCAGAACGCGUUCGCCAAUUACUUGGUGAGGCCGUUUGAUGCUGGUGGAGGACCUCUGAUCAUGGUUCGCCAGCUUACACCAGGAAAGGUAUGGUGUACCAUUGUAUCAUAAUUUGUCCAAAAUGUAUUGAUUUGUGCAGAGUUCGUGUUCACUUGAACAUUUUAGUGAAACGCGCAAUACACGCAAAAAACAAACAAGCUACUCAUGAUCAGCUUGUCGCGAUUUAUAAACGAAGAAUUUUUUGCUCAUUUAUAUGUUGAAAAUACAAUGCUCUGACAAUAUUUCAUUUGCUUUCAUUUUCAAUAUGGAGGGUUAAUUAGUAACUUCAAAAGUUUAUACCGUAGAAUUACGUUAAUAAAGGGUCCCCCGAAAAUAACGGCUACCCGAAAGUAACGUUAAUUUUUUACCUUGCUAUUAAACCCCGAAAGUAACGCCCCCCCGCCCCCGAUAAUGGCAGCCCCUGAAAAGACCUGAAAAUGACCACUCAAAAAAAUAUAAUUUUUGUACCGUUAAUGUAACAUUUCAAGAGGGUCGGUAUGUGGUUACAAAUACAAGUAGGUAGUGGGUUGAAUAAUAUGUUCCUAUUUAAUUUACAACAAAUGCCACACAAUGUUUUCAUAUUUUAGUGGUGUACCGUAUUUUCAUAAACAUAGGAUACGGGUAACAUAGUAAGUAAAACGCCUAAAAACAGAUAUUAAAGCUGUAAGUGUCAUCACAGUUGUCAUAUAAUACGAACAAUAUUUUCGACGUAUAGUAUACGAACAUUUGAGCCUUUCUUGUUACAGUUGAUUUUGUUUACAUGGAUAAUGAAUACCGUAACCAGCAUGCAACCUAAAUGACCUUUUUUAUGGUUGUAUGCGUCCUCUUUGUGUAAAACCCCUGCUUAGUUACAAACGUUUUCUAACCAUUCGAAAGGAACGGCUACCCGAAAUUAACGGCCCCCUUGGCCUGCUAAAUCCGAAAGUAACGGUGGCCGCUAUUAUCGGAAUCCCACGGUAUUUUAUAUAUUUGAUAACUGUAUUUUUCUGGCUAUAAUAGUACUACUACAAAUCAUAAUAAUAAUCUGAGUAAAAUCAUGUAGAAGACCAUCUUCGUUUUGCUGUCUGUAAACAUAAGGUUGUUAGCAGUUCCCUUCAGACAAACCAAGCUAAACCAGCGAGUCCGAUCUAUUGCUACAGUAGUCCCUUGCUCCUGGAUAGUGUUUUACGAUACAGAGUAAGUGUAUCCCCGAUUAAUGUUAGCCAGGAGUUCAAUGAAACUAAUAAAUAAACCAAAAUUAAAUAAAUUAAACCGUAGCUUGAAAACUUUUAAACGUGUGAUUGAUUCACAGGUUGGGCGCAAAGUAUUUUGUGAAAGUUAUAGAACUGUCAACCGUGGUGGUGCUAAAAUCGGACUUUCUUUUGCGGUAGGAGCAUAAACAAGAUCCUGUGUAGCAGUCUUUUCCUUUUCUUUUUCGCCAAGUGGGAGAAGUGCACGGGACGCGUGAAGAAAUGAGCGAAAACAGAAGUGGGGUGGGGAGGAGGGGAAGGGCACCCUUACCGUUCUCGUAUUUUUUUGUGUUCCUUUUGGCCCAAUGCUCUCACGCGUCGUUCGCGUGCUCCGCUUGGCUCAAAGGAAUUGGAAAUUACUGCUACGUACAAAUAUUAUUGUUAUGUAUCACGAUAAUCAUAUUGUGAUUUCGUUGACUGAAUUGCAGGUGUUCCCUUAAACAUAAUGAUAUGUUACGAGGGAGCUUUUAGCAACGUCGACAAAAUAAAACUUUUUAUUAAAUACAAACUUUGUCUUGACGAUUUCCCCUUGCUUAGAAUUUCAAAUGUUGGUGAACUUCCUUGGAGCGUAAUUCUUGGGGAUCAAACCCAAGUUUAGAAGGAGAAAGAGAAUUCGUCGUCGUGUGUUGACACGUCCUUCACAAAAGGUUGCAUUAGGAAACUUCACGCAAAGAAAUGAAUGCCAACGGGCAGUGCCACACUUACAGAGUUGUUGUCUUGCUAGUUCAACCUAUUGCUUUUUGGACGAGCUCCCUUAAUUAAUUAUAGGUCAAGUGAGCAAACAAUCACCUCAUCAGAGAUACGAACAGUACCUGCUACGGUCAUCGCUACUACUCAGAUACUGCUAAGCUAUUUAGAAAAUUGUACCACCAGAUGUGUACUUAUCAUCAGCUUUUAUUUCAAAAUACUUGGCUGUCUCCUCAUGUCUUGUAAUCCGGAUUCCAGAAUCAGGGAAAUUUUUACUUGCUGGCAUCCUGGCAUCCGGAAUCCCGCUAACAAUUGGAAUCUGGAAUCGAAGUUUCACUGACAAGGAAUCCAGAAUCCAUUGUGUGGAAUCCAGAAUCCAAUGCUCUCUUGGAUUGCGUUACAUGGAGCAAUACGUUUUUAAAUACUUGUGUUUUGUAACAUUUUUGUAACUUACUCUCAGGGAAACCUCUAUAAGGUGGACAGCCCUUCCGCAAACGGACAGUUGAUGUUGGUCCGCUGCUUUUCUUCAUGCCUUUUCUUGUACGAACCCCUUUUUAAGACAGACACUUGGGGCGCGAUCCAUUCAACCAAAAUUUCCGGAAAUCUCGGUCCAAAACUCAAUGGAUCGGUUCGGUCCAACCGGAAAAGUUUCGAAAAAACGGGUCCAGCUUUUGAGGUGGACCAAUUUUCCCGGUCGGACCGGUUGGAAUUUUGGUUGAAUGGAUCGCACCCGUGAUGCCACUUCUGGAGGUGUCCGUCUUAAGAGAGAGUUGACUAUCAAUCGUAGCCUUUCUCAAGGUCAAAAAGAGAGCCUCCCUAUAUUUUUCAAUAUCCGUAAUAAUCAUUAUGAUUGGUUAAGUUUUUAUAUUCCUCGUUCCACAAACGUGUGAACAAAUUGGUGUCGUCAUUGUCAAUGAUUCGACUCCUUACCAGUCUUCACCUCAUUCUUCGAAUGUUGUUGUUUCUUUCUUUCCAGGUGGUAUCUCGAGGUAGGAUUCUCUCACACAACACAACUGAUCCAUUUGAUGGGAUAAUCAGAAGCUGGUCCUUUCGUGUAACUCCACAAAUGUCUCCAUCAGCGCGUCUGAUUGGUUAUUACAUUGAUAACAAUGGAAGAGUCGUAGUUGACAGCAUUUUGCUCGAUAUUGAAGACAGUCUUCCAACUGAGGUUAUAAAAGCAUUUGCAUAUGCGAUAGAAACAUAGCCACAUUUACCGGCGAUAACAGAAACAUUUGGCACGGCACCACUAAAAACGGAUACAGGACCACCUUUUCACACGACCCCGGUACCCCUAGAUUUGUGUGCACCCAUGCCCAACACAAUUUACAUUUGCACGCCGCAAAAAAUAAGGGUUGCCGGGCCAAACAUUGACAGGCACACGUGUCAAAUUUUAGGGUUGUUGUGCCUCAAACUCUUGCUCGCUGUGCCUUAAACCGGGUUCUACUGUCCCGCAUAAAUUUUGUACCACACGGUAGGAAUUCCAAGAUGGUAGAUAUGGUGGUUCACAAAAGUUUAUAUUAUGCGUAUAAAUUUCUAGAGAAAUUCAAGACUUUCACUUCUUAAUUUUAUACUGGUAGCUAGGCUCACACAUGGAAAUUUGAAAAGUGUUUUCCCGCUUUUAUUUUAUUUGUUUUUCAAUUUUUAUUUUUUCCAAAUGAACUUGAAAGAUUCCUCUGCAGUUUCAAUGAUUUUUUUUAUUUCUAAGUUUCAAGCUGUAGCGUCACAGAGCGAGCCUCACUCGGAGGUCUAAUUCUUUUCUAUUCAAGUUCGUCCCGAAUUACUUUUUUUGGCAAGUUACUUUUCUUGGUGCAUAAAAACCUCAACUAAAUGGAACACUUGUCCAAGAACCACCAGGAAGGGGGCUUACAUCUUGCAGAUUAAGUUUUGAAUGUAAUACGAAAUCAAAUCAAACAAUCUACAACGAACAAAGAACUUAAGGAUUUUAUUAGCCUAGGGUAACAAAAACAAACCAGAGAAUCAAAGGAUCGCGUGUAUUUUAAGAAAAAUAAAGUCAUUCGUGGGAUAUUUCACGGUAUACCACUCGAAAGCAUUGCAUGACCAGUAUGUAUUCCAUGAAGUUCGUUUCGCCAACGUAAGGGAAUCCAUGGUAGUCUUGGAAUCUGGAUUUCACGCCGUGGAUCCGUAUUCCGGGUACUUGACUCCAGUCUUUCCUUGAGCUGAAUUUCAAAUUCCAAAGCCCAGGAUUCCGGAUUCCACGAGUAAGAUUUUUCCGGAUUCCUGAAUCCAGAUUCCCUUACAUAGGAUGAAUCGUUUUAAUACUUUCUCUUGUAAUAUAGGUUACUUUCCCUGAUGCUUACAAAAUUCAACCGGAUGGCUUAUCUGUUCAAGUUAACGAAGUUCAAAUACAACCAGGAUUGCCAUACAGAUUGGGCAUUAAGGCUCCUCAAGGAACGAGAUUGGGUCUCCUAAGUGUGGACCAAAGCGUUUACCAGUUGGGAAAUGAAAACAGGCUCACAAAAGAGCGUGUAAGUAUAACUACAAUAAAAUUGCUUCCGUUAGAAGACUCCCAUCUCUUAAAGCUGAGAAAAGUAGCUGAGUGGAAGAGAAUAGGACGUUGUUUGCGUGCAAUUUGUCGUGAUCUCAGCUUGAAAGCUUAAAGUGUAUAUUGUGUAUAUUUUUUAUUUAUUUAUUUAAUCACGCAAAUUUCCCUCCUUUAAUCUCUACGCUAUCAGGCGGCCAAACUGACAAAUAUGACGUCGAAAGAUUUACAAGAAUGUAGGCAACUUGUCGUUGUCGACAACUCCGCUGUCAUCUUCUGAAUCUUAAUUUGCUUCGAUAUAUGGUGACCUUUCUUACAAUCAAAUACAUCGUUUAAUUCCCCAAAACACAAAGCAACGACCUGAAUCGAAAGCGAAAGCUUAGCCAAUCAGCUGACGUCAUAUGUCGUUCUCUCUUUGAUCCUUUACUCGUUCGAGCUGUCUCUGGGACAUUUCUCAUAGGCAAAAAGCAGUUUUUGGACAGCCAAAAUUCAAGAAAUAUUUCGGGAGACACAUUUUCAAAGUUCCUACUUGCUGAUUAAACUUAUUAAAGAACCAAAAACAUUUGAAACAAAUUUCAUGUUAUAUCAGUGCACUUUAAGGUUACCAAGUGAUGUGUAAACCAGUCUUAAAAGACCUACGGUCUCAGAAAAAAAUUGUUAGGAUACUUCCACAGAAUUAAACGCUUUUUUAACUUCUGGUCAAUCUCCUCGUCCUCCAAAUGAAAGUGUCCUAAUAAUUUUGACUGAGACUGUAGAAAUGGAAAUCAAUCUUAACAUUUACAUCAUCAUCGUCAUAUUCACUACUCGAAUAAAUCUCAGUAUUUGAGACAGGCUCUGUGUUUGGAUCACCGCAGUUCGAAUUCCCGAUCAGCCAGCAGGCUUGCAAGCUUCCCUGGACUCUCAGUUCGUUAGUCAUAUGUUCCUCGUUUUCAGCCGUCAUUCUGCACCAUCCCCUACAUUAUAGUAUAACACCCAUGAAGGGAUUUUGUAAACGCUUUGGUGGGAGUCCAGGCUUUAGAACCAUAUGGCAUGGUCGAUUCAAUCGAUGCCUAUAAAAACCUUACUGGAAAGAAAAACUGGUAACCGGCGACCAGAUAUGACACUGAAAACCAACCGUUUACCAUCUCGAAGUUUCUCAACAUCGCCAAACCAUUUUUAAUGAACAAAUAAAUAAAAUGCUAAAUGGUUGUUCAGCCGAAUCAAUUUAGCUUACUCUCUCCUCUGCAAGAAGACUGCACGUAAUAGUACAAAGUCCGAUUUAGACGGUACUAUUUUUGCUUACGACUAUCGUGGGCGACUAGCAUACGUCAUGACUUUCGAUUAUCCACACGCGCACAAUUUUCACUUACGACAUUCAAAGGUGUCGUACGGAUGUCCUGGGUCUAAUUUACACGACAUGGUGAUGGUCGUAAGUAAAAUCGUACCGUCUAAAUCGACCUUAACUGAGUCCUAGGACAACAAACAAGAAAUUGAAAACCACACUCCCCAUGGACGGUACAAGGGAACAGCGGAGCUGUAUCACCCCCUUAGGUGUUUGUUAUGUCAAAAUACUUUACAAAGACUAAUCGUUUAAUAGAUAGCCUGUGGUGAACUCUACAACGUGAUAUAAAGGUUGUGAUGGCACUGCGCGCUGCGAACCUGUGACGUCAUUCACUAUGGCCGCCACUUUGAAUCAGUUUACUGAAUUUUCAGAUUUAUGUUAACAGUUUAAAAACUUUAAAUAAGCAAUUAUUCAACAUUUGUUGUCUUUUUUACCAUUUUAUAUUACGUCUUCUCAAGACCAUAUAAUCAUAUCAACCCCCUACUUCCAAAGUUUGCCAAAAUGUGCAAAAUGUGAGAAAUAAAUGACAUAUCCUGGUGAGAGGAGGUUCUGGCUUUUAGCGCUUUAGAAAGAAAGAAAGAAAAAAAACUAAAACUGGGAGUAAAACAUCUACGCAUAGCUUCUAUCGUGGAUCAUAAACUUUGUUAUUGUUAAUCAUUGGUACAGAUUUUCAAAACAACCGAGGCUCUCGACCUUGGGUGCGGUGUUGGUGGAGGAAAGAACAGCAAGGAUAUCUUCAAGGUUGGUAUCAGAGCUACAAAGAUAAUUCUAAUUGAUAUUUACGAAGAAAGCUACUAGGUCCUUUGCACAAAACGGUCACGGGUACAAAAACCACCUUGCUGGAUGGCAAACAAAGUAGUGGGACCUUGAAGAAAAAGGAUGUUUUCUUAUCUUUAUGAAUGAUGUAGCCUCUGUUUUUCCUGCCCCUCUGCGUCUGAUCGUUUGCCAUCCAGUAAGGUUUUUUUGUUCCAUAUGUGACCGUUUCGUGCAAAGGGUCCAUUACAGAAAUGAAUCACACCUCUGAACUGCAUGUCUUGCAAGGAAACCUCUUUUAUUGUCUCCAUAUUUCCAAAAAAAUAGUCAAAAAUCAUAAUUGUUGUUGUUCUUAAUUUAAAGAACGCUGGUGUCGUUUUGAUGACUGAAAACUUUGUGAGCGAUGGAAGAGAAGGUGAGAAAAAAGUAUAAAGGAAAUAUCCACUUCACACUUAUACACUGCUAUUAUAAUGACUGUGUCAUUGUAUUAAAAAUGCUUCAUCCCUAAAACUGCGAUGGUAUGUUUUUGGUAAUUAAACUGCGCAAAAGGAGAAGUAUACGAAGAAACUGAAGACUGCGACCCAUGUCGACAGAAACCUGGAAUUUGGGCUGGCUGGGCCGAUAUGGUGCAAUUAUUGCAUUAAUUUUGACACUGCGCAAGGAGAAGAAAACGCAGAAGAAAAGACUGAGACGAAGACAGAUCUCCCCAAUUUGCCAAAUAGAAACUUCGGAUCCAUGGAUCUGGGUUUGACGUUUAGUGCAAUUUAACCACUGCGCUUGAAAACUGUGGUUCGUUGAAGAACGUUCUCAAAGAAUAUGUUGAAGAAAAAGCUUUACUGGUCGUUUAUGCAAAGAUUCCCCUAUUACUUAUGUUACGUGCAAACGGACGCAACAACACCCAACAAUGUUGGGAGUUGUUGCGUCCGUUUGCACGGGGCUAAAAGUUUGACCGGUUUCAAACUUUGCGCAAUUACAAUUCCCAAUAACACGCAACAACAAACAUGCAACAGGGUGUGCAAACGGAAGCAACAUGUAACAUCCAACAAUGAUAUUGCGUCCGUUUCUACUGGGCUUUACACUGUUAUGGCCAGAGUGCACGUGGACAGGUCUUUCGCCGUAGCUCUCAAACCCAGUACGUAAUUAAGUCACUUAUAUUGUUGCUUUAACUGAAGAAAACUGAAGAAAGCUAGGGUAGACCUUGCUUUUGUCUUGCUUUUGAAAUAAGUUUAUUUUGAUGUAUUUUUCAAAUGUAUUCAUCAUUCAUUGCUCAGGUUAUGGGUGUGGUGGUGACAACUCGCGGCAAAAAAGACGUGCAAGUGACGAUGUAUCAGGUGACAAGUUGUCUUGGUUUGGUUUUCAUUUGGCAUCUCAAUAUGAUAUUGUUUAUGUCACUCCAUCCGAGAAAUACGUUAAAUAAAAACGACAGUGCAGUAAGGAAAUGCGUUUAAUGCUAAGGACACUGUAUUUCUGUAUACAGUUGUUGUGUUGCAGCAACAUGACUGUCCAAUUUGACCCAUACUGUAGCCAGCGAAUAUAUACAGCCUUCUCUUCUAGCUCCUCGCCGAUCCUGAAAACAUAGCUCUCUCCUCUCCCUCCUCGCCGUUCGGGGCGUUUCACGGGAGACGUCUGCUAUUCGGCCCCCAAAAUACCAUACUGAUUACGCGAAUUAAUGUUUACAUAAUUAAUCUGGUAGUCAUGGGGUUCCAAAUGUAAAUGUGUUCGAGUUUAUGUGACUUAUUCGUAUUUAAUUGACGGUACAUUUACAGCAGGGAAAAGGGAUUCCGCGUUCCAAACUAGGUAUGAGAAAGACGAAAGGAAUACCCCUUCUGUCAAUAAUGGUAUACUAAGGGAAGGGAUCAGUCUUCUUUUUUUCCAGCCUCCCUGUAUAAAACGUUGUUGAGAUGCCCCCUAGGAGGAAAAGCCGAACUCAAGACUAAAUACUACUAACGUUAACCAGUUGGUCCUGUUACGACAGCAACUGUUCUUUCCAUCAGAGACAGUUCAGGAAACACCACACGUACAUACCCUUACGAUAAAUGACUCUCAUAGACUGGCAGACAGACAGACUAACUACCUGUAUUUUCGAUCUUUGUUAACUUCCGAAAGAAAGAAAUUUUGCAUCUUGUCCAAAAUAAGAACUUAUUACUUUGCCAAACUCUACCUAUGUAUUUCAAUUGCGGUCGAUUUUUCUAACGAACAAACGCCCGGUUUUAAGUCCCUGAAGUUUACCGUUUUUAUGUUCUUUAAGUUCUACAGGACUGUUUUCUGUUAUUAUUUAUUAAUUGUGUCUGUUGUCUUAUUAUAUAUCAAUAGCUCCGUUUGGGCGAAUGAGGCGAAGUGCAUUUGAUGACGGUGACUUUGGUCCCAGUGAUGAGGAGAUUCUCUACCAUACACAAGUGAGAUCGUUCUUCCCAGAAACCUGGAUUUUCGAAGAACAAGUAGUGGGGUAA